AUGGAAGCCACAAGACAACUUCUCUAUCUCCUCCUUCUCUUCUCUCUGCUCUCUCUCCGUGUCUAUGGACACGGCGGCGACGGAGACAGCGACGGGGGGCAAGAUCAACCCGGCAACCUGCACGCCAAAGGCCUGAUCGACGUCAAGAUAUGGUGCCUCGUGAUCCUCCUCGUCGGUACCUUCGCCGGCGGCGUGUCGCCCUACUUCUUCCGGUGGAACGAGAGCUUCCUUCUGAUGGGGACCCAGUUCGCCGGUGGCGUCUUCUUGGGCACGUCGCUGAUGCACUUCUUGGCAGACUCCAGCAGCACCUUCGAGGACCACACCGACAAGACCUACCCUUUCGCCUUCAUGCUGGCGUCGGCCGGGUACUUGCUCACGAUGCUCGGCGAUUGCAUUAUCAUAAUGGUGACCGACAGAGCGAGGAAGAAGGAUCAGUCCAAGGUGGAAGAUGGCACACCGGGGGGAGGGAAGUCAGAAGCUGGCGGCGAUGGCCAUGGCCGCGUCGCCGUCGUUGAUCCGGCAUUUUCCAGAGCGACGUCGCUUGGGGACACGGUUUUGCUCAUACUUGCGCUAUGCUUCCACUCUGUUUUUGAGGGGAUAGCAAUUGGAGUUUCAGACACGAAGGCCGAUGCAUGGAGGAACCUAUGGACCAUAUGCCUGCACAAGAUCUUUGCGGCAAUCGCCAUGGGGAUUGCACUGCUGAGGAUGCUUCCGAAGCGUCCGUUCUUGACGACGGCGUCCUACUCCAUGACCUUCGCCAUCUCGAGCCCGAUAGGCGUCGGCAUUGGAAUUGCGAUCGACGCGACGACGCAAGGAGCGGUGGCCGACUGGACGUACGCCAUCUCCAUGGGCAUCGCCUGCGGGGUGUUCAUCUACGUGGCAAUCAACCAUCUGAUAGCCAAGGGAUUCAAGCCCUACGAGCCGAGCUACUUCGACACGCCGUUCAUCAAGUUCUUGGCGGUGGUGGCUGGGGUGGGAGUCAUAGCAGUGGUCAUGAUCUGGGAUUAAUAUAAUUAUAUUAAUUAGCAUGCAUGGUGUGCUAAUUUGCAUCUGGUAUGUCCAUUGAUUAUAUAUUUUUCGUCUUGUUUGUAAUAAGGCUAGCUCCUUGAGUUGCUUGACAUUUUGUUUGUCUCUAUCCUUGUCUUGUGAAUACACAUGCAUGGAUCCUUCUGUUUGCGAUUUGAUAUCUGAUCAGAGUAAUAUGCUUAGUUAUGAUCC